UGAAUUGCUAUCUACCUACCAAGCAAAGACAAAACCAUGGCCGCCGUAACAGAAUUCGUCCUCCUCCCCAUCAAACCAGACGCGGCCCCGGAAGCCGUCGCCUCCGUGAUCCAAGCGAACAUCGCGACCCUCCUCGCCCAGCCCGGAUGCCAGCGCGUGCGCUCCUCACGCACGCACGAGGACCCAAACAAACUCCGCCUGUUCGCAGACUGGGCCUCUCUCGAAGCGCACCGCACUUUCGCCGCCAACGCCGCAGCCUACGGGCCCUUCCUGCAGCGCAUGGGCGGCAUCGUCGACGCCGCCUCCUUCGGGCCCACGAACCCUCGCCGCCCCCCCUUCCACGUCGAAUUCGCCGCGCCCCCACCCACCGCGCUCGACGGCGACAAGGGAAAGAGUCCCAUCGCGGAGGUGCUGCAGGUGUAUUACCCCAGCGACGUAAGCGAGGCGCGGCGAGCGGAGAUCUACGCCACGACGGCGGAUUUCCUGGGGAAGCUCGGGGCUGUGGCGAAGGGGUUGAUGGGGGAGGUUGCGCUGGGGUGGAGUGUCGAGACGGAUAUCUUGUUCAAGGGGGAGAAGAGCAGGGCGCUGGUUGCGGUCAUUGGCUGGACUAGUUACGAGGCGCAUAUGCAGACGAGAGAUACGGAGGAGUUUAAGAAGCUGAUUCCGAUGGUGAGGGAUAUUGAGGGGGUUGUGGGGAUGGAGAUGUUUCAUGUGAGUAAUGUUACUACUGAGGGUGGUCAGUAAGUAGGUAAGGUGCUUCUUUCUGUGGGGUGUUGGGGGAUGGUGGAUGGUGGUUGUGUUUUGGUUGUUUGAUUGCUAGGUAGAGUUAUCGGUCCUAGAUUCAUCUGUAGAGAGGCCUUUUAAACAUGGGAAAAUAAAUGCAACGAUUUUUGGGGGAAUUUACUAUGACCAUUCCAAGCGAAGACAUGCUUCUUUACAUUGCAAUAAAAGG